AAGAUGAAGUAAUUUAAUUAAUACAGAUUAAGUCAAAAAAAUAAAGUAUAAAGAAGUUGGAUAAUGUCUGUAGAAGAGAAAGUUGAAAAAUUGUCUAUUAAGGACGAAGUUGAACAAAUUGUUACCCCAUGGGAAGUUGAAGGUGCAGUUGUUGAUGGUAAAGCACAAGGAAUUGAUUAUGAUAAAUUAAUUAAACAAUUUGGUACUAAAGCCAUUACUUCAGAAACUUUAACUAGAUUUAAAGCUAUAACUGGUCAAGAACCUCAUCCAUUUUUAAAAAGAGGAGUUUUCUUUUCAGAAAGAGAUCUUGAAAGAAUUUUAGAUUUAUAUGAACAUGGUGAACCAUUUUUCCUUUAUACUGGUAGAGGUCCAUCAUCAGAUUCUAUGCAUUUAGGUCAUAUGGUUCCAUUUACAUUUACUAAAUGGUUACAAGAUGUAUUUGAUGCACCAUUAGUUAUUGAAUUAACUGAUGAUGAAAAAUUCUUAUUUAAACCAAAAUUAACUAUUGACGAUGUUAAACAAUUUUCAAGAGAUAAUGCAAAAGAUAUUAUUGCCGUUGGUUUUAAUCCUGAAAAUACAUUUAUAUUUUCUGAUUUACAAUAUAUGGGAGGUGCUUUCUAUGAAAAUGUAGUUAGAACUUCAAGACAAAUUACUACAUCAACUGCUAAAGCAGUAUUUGGAUUUCAAGAUUCUGAUUGUAUUGGUAAAAUUCAUUUUGCAAGUAUUCAAAUUGCUACUGCAUUUCCAUCAUCAUUUCCAGAUGUUUUAGGUUUACCACCAAAGACUCCAUGUUUAAUUCCUUGUGCUAUUGAUCAAGAUCCUUACUUUAGAGUAUGUCGUGAUGUUGCCGAUAAAUUAAAAUUUACUAAACCAUCAUUAAUUCAUGCAAAAUUCUUUCCUGCUUUACAAGGUGCAUCAACUAAAAUGUCUGCUUCUGAUACUACUACUUCUAUCUUUAUGGGAGAUUCUCAAAAGGAAAUUAAGAAAAAGAUUAAUAAAUAUGCAUUCUCAGGUGGUAAAGCAACCCUUGAAGAUCAUAAAAAAUAUGGAGGAGAUCCAGAUAUUGAUGUUGCUUAUCAAUAUUUAUCAUUCUUUAGUUUUGAUGAUGAAAAAAUAGAAAAAUUGGCUGAUGGUUAUAGAAAGGGUGAAGUUUUAUCAGGAGAAAUGAAACAAGAAUGUAUUACUGUAUUACAAGAAUUUGUAGCUGCUUAUCAAGAUAGAAGAAGUAAAAUUGAUGAUGAAGUUAUAAAUAAAUUUAUGAAACCUCAUAAAUUAGUUUAUGGUCAAAAGGAAAGAUUAGUUCCAAUAAAGAUCAGAGAAAAGAAAGUUAAAAAAUAGUUCAAAAAAAAUUAGUUGAUAUAUAUUAUAUAUAUUAUAUAUAUAAUCAUUAUAAAGUACAUAGAUAUAUACAAGUUCUAGAGUAACU